AUGGCUCAGAUGCCAUCCUUACAUGGUGUUUCCCGUGAAUGGGAGCAAGAAGGUGAUCUGAGAGAGCACCUCCGUCGUUCCAAAGAACUACUUCAAUGGGAGGAUGAUGGGGACCAACGGGUCAACAUCAGGAAUGCCGAUUUGAAUUUCUUGGUCUUGAAGCCCCUUGCAAAGCGUCUUAGGGAUGAUUCUGGUGAAGUGGGCAUGCAUUGUUUGCCUGAAAUUCAAACCCAGAUAAAGCUUUUGUACGCCGUCAUGGGCAAACCGGUCCCUACCAAAAGCAUUCUCAAGAACACCGCGAAAAAGGUCAAGGCUUUCAUGGUUCUCAUCAAGCAGAAACUUUCCCGCCAGCAGGUUUGCCGGUCAGCUAAUUUUAGAAGGCUGAUGGCCAUGGUGUUUGACCCUGAUGAAACCCAGAUUGAAAUUGGAGACAGUGAUGAUGAUAAUGAGGAGGAUGAUGACACCUUAGAAGAUGAAGCUGAGAAGAGUCCCUCUUCUGAUGGGAAAGGAGUUGAACCAGGCUCCGCAUCAGAUGGAGUCGGGAUUCAGGCUGGGCAGAAGGCUGAGAAAGCUGAGGUUGGGGAGAGUGUGGAGCAUCAAGUGAUGCCCAAAGAUGAGGUUCGAGGGGGCUUGUGGAGUGAUGUUUCUGAUGAUUUGGCUUCUUCGUCGAGUUCUGACCCCAAGCAUGAUAGGAUUCAGCAACUGGAACGGAUGUUGAAUCUAGCGAGGAAAGAGCAAACAGCAAAGAAAGCCCGAGUACUUGUCCAAAAGCCAGUUGACAAGACCAUCAUCAUUGACGAUACUAUGCCCUACGGUGAAGAUCAGUCUGACACCCUAGCGCACCCCUUCAUGGAUGACUUGGCAGAACAGUUCAAUGACCCAGAACCCAUCUUUGAUGAAGAAAUUCCUGCAGCCCCCGUUGUGACCCGUCGACAGCAACUAGCUCUGAAGCGUGAAAGUCAGGAAAAGCAGGAGGAUGAUGGGAAGGACAAGCCGGCGAGAGGUCGAGGCAGAGGCAAAGGGAAAGGAAGAGGGAGGGGGAAGCAACCAAAGCAACCCAAGGUGAGAGCAUCAGGUCACAAGAACAGGGAGGAGGAUCAGGAUGAGAUGGAUGACAAAGAGGACAAAGAGGCGGAGGAGGAGGAGGCACCAGCGCCACCUGCAGCUGCAAAGGAGAAGACGAAGGAGGCAGGAAAAAAGAAGAAAUCGGUCAAGCCCAAAAAGGAAACUUUGGCCACUGAUGACGGAAAAGUGAAGAAGCCACGUGGAGAGAAGAAGGCUGGGGAGGUGAAGACGCAGGCCAAUAGGAGGGGUGAGGAGGAUGUGGAGGAUGCAAUGAUGGAAGACAUGCAAGAUGGGGAUGAAGUGCCAAAGUCAACCUCUGAAAGUGAUGCUAUGUUGUCCAGGGAGGAGGAAGAAAAGCAUGAGGGAAUCGGUGUCCCAAAUGGGAAGGAGGAUUGUGAUGAAGAGGAGGUGGUGGAUGAAAAGGAUUCCAGGAAUGCAGUGAAGGUUGAUGUGGAGAAGGGGACACCGGACGAGAAGCAGGAUGAGACCCCCAGAGAGGAAAAACCCAAGCGACGUAGACUCAGGAAGAUUUCCGACAAUGAGCCACCAGAAGACAAGAAGAGCAAUGAGAAGACAGAAGACAAGUGGAAGAAGACAGAUGCCCCUGCAGAAGAACAUGUGAUGCCAGAGAAAGAAAAAGAGAAGGCUCAGCCAAGAAAACCAAGGAAGAAAAGAAAGACCCCAAGCCGGAAGCAGCAGUCAGGAAAAGACGCACAGGAUCAGUCGAUGCCAAGAAAGCAGGAGGUCACGAAGUUGAUCAUGGUGCUGAACCCAAGGAAGAGGAGGAUCUCAGCAAAGCAAAGUGUUUUGCAAAGAGGAGGUGCCCAAAGACUGGGUUCAAUCGCGCCAAGUGGGUAA